ACGUGUCCUGGAGGGGGAGGAGCGUCUCACAUUUCCGGCAACAAAGGCAGCAGCCUCAGCUAUAAAUAAUGCAGCAGGGGAAGGAGGCGUCAGACGCACAGCACUGAGCACAUCGCAGCAGCUGCAGGAAAAAAAAAAAAAAGAAGCAGUUAAAUCGCACGGGCAUUGUACCUUCAGGAUCUGAUUGGCCACUAUGCCUUUCCUAGGACAGGACUGGAGGUCCCCUGGGCAGAGCUGGGUGAAGACUGAGGAUGGCUGGAAGAGGUUUCUAGAGGAGCAGAGUCAUUUUAUCAGUGACAUCAACAGCUAUUGCAACACGGAGAACAAUAAAGAAAACGUCCUGAAUAAUCUGAAUUACGACAUUGUUGUGAAAAAGAGGAGGAAGGAUCUGUUUAACAACAACACCAAGAUACAGUAUCUCCACCAGGAGAAAUGGAUCUAUGUGCACAAAGGGAGUACCAAAGAGAGGCACGGCUACUGUACCCUUGGGGAAGCCUUCAAUCGCUUGGACUUUUCAAGUGCUAUCCACGACUCCAGAAAAUUCAACUAUGUGGUUCGGCUACUGGAGUUGAUCGCCAAGUCGCAGCUCACAUCCCUAAGUGGCAUCGCACAGAAAAAUUACAUGAACAUUUUGGAAAAGGUUGUCCAGAAAGUCCUUGAGGAUCAGCAGAACAUUCGUCUGAUCAAGGAGCUGCUGCUCACCCUCUACACGUCCCUGUGCACCCUGGUCCAACGGGUGGGCAAGUCUGUUCUGGUUGGGAACAUAAACGUCUGGUUCUACAGGAUGGAAACUAUCGUUGACUGGCAGCAUCAGCUGAACAACAUCCAGAUCACCAGGCCUUCCCUCAAGGGAACGACUUUAUCGGAUCUGCCCUUGAGCCUUCAGCUGAACAUCAUGCAGAGGUUCGCAGAUGGGAGAGACAUUGUCUGCCUUGGACAGGUGUCAUCAGAUUUGCAGGUGCUCAGUGAAGACCGGCUGCUGUGGAAAAAGCUUUGCCAGUAUCACUUUACGGAGCGGCAGAUACGCAAAAGGCUCAUCUUAUCAGACAAGGGACAUCUGGACUGGAAAAAAAUGUAUUUUAAGCUGGUCCGGUGUUACCCCAAGAGGGAGCAGUAUGGGCAGAACCUUCAGCUUUGUCGCCAUUGUCACAUUCUGUCCUGGGAGGGCACGGAUCACCCUUGCACAGCCAAUAACCCAGAAAGCUGCCUCGUCUGCCUCUCCCCACAGGAUUUUAUCAACCUGUUCCGGUUCUGAUCCGCAGAACACAAUCUGCUUCCUAAAACUGGGAACUGCUUUUGGAUUCCAGCACACAUUUCCAUGCUGAGCUUGAUUACUUUUGCAUGUAAAUAUUGUAUAUUUCACCAAUGACUUUGACUCAAGACCAGGUGGAGAAUGAAUAGGAAUUGAGAUCAGUUUGAUCAAGAGGAAGCGACUGGUUUUGAGGGAAACCAAUGAGGGAAGAGUUUUGCAAGGAGACUUCAUGAAUGGAUGACUGGGAGUGAUGGACUCCACUUCCAGAAUAAAAGGUUUUGUUGGAGUGAGCCAUACAACAUGGCUUCCUUGAUGUGAUGGAGCAUUUUUUUUUUAAUUGGACUAUUCAUAAUGUUUUGCUUUUUUUUCCUCGUAGAACUGACUAGGUCCAACAAUACUUCAGUCACGGUAACUCUUAUUUCUCGUGUAGUUCUGCUAUUCCGUAGCAGUUCUUUCAUAGACCUUUGCUAUACACCACACUCGUUUCUACCUCUGACUUAUUGAACCUGUAAUCUUCAAACGACUCUUUUCCAAGAGUAGGAGCCACAAGACUAAUUCCCUGAAUGUGGAGGAGAGAGUCUUUUGAGUCCGUGGGUUUGUAGAGUAAUACGGUUGAGUGGUCUUUAAAGGAUAAGUAAACCUUAAAAAUAAGUGAAUGUAAAAUUGAUGAGGGGGCUAUUCUAAGCAAUUUUGCAA